GAUGUUAAUAGAGGGAUUUUAAUAUAAUGUCCUGUUUACACAAUAGCAUCCCAGUGUGUGCGAGACGCUGACAAGUGAACUUUAACUUAGACCCUUUUAGUGGCCGUUUAGAGAGCGCUGGGACAUAUUUUCGGAAAGAGAACGUGCAACAGUGACUGGUAAAUGUUGACGUGGUGAACGUGCUGCCGAGGAUCGAUCAGUAUUAUCAAAGAUCCACCUCAACCAGCAACCAUGGCAAACAGAAUCACUGCCCUGCUUUCGCUGCUGGUGUUCUCCUCUGGUGGAGGAGCCGAAUAUCUCGUUGGGAAUCUUGAGGGAGAGUUGAAUGUUGAUAAAGGCGAGGUCCACUACAAAAUCCCGUUAGAUUUGCCGCCAGGACCCAAUAACAUCCAACCAGAUCUAGCUAUGACCUACAGCAGCGGCGCUGGCAACGGUCCUCUUGGUAUUGGGUGGGGCUUGUCUUUGGACACCGCCAUUGCCAGAUGUGGGCUGACGAUCGCUCAAGAUGGUGAAAUUCGUGGCAUCCAAAACGAUCUGACGGAUCGUUUCUGCUUGGACGGUCAGCGACUUGUACUUGUGUCAGGGACAUAUGGUUUAACUGACUCUGAAUACAGGACGGAGGUGAACAGUUACAGUAAAGUUGUAGCAAAAGGACAUCACGGGUUGGGUCCCGACAAAUUCAUCGUCCACACCAAAGAUGGACGGAAACUGACUUUCGGAUCGUCCUUCGGCUCUAAAUUGAUCGGCAAUGGGCAGCAGUGUGUUCAUAAAUGGUCGAUCAGCAGAAUUGAAGAUAGAUUUGGCAAUGGAGUGGACAUAACAUACUCUCAACCCGAGACCGAGGCAGGGGUUCUCCACCACAUCAGAUACGGCAUUUCCGUUGUUGAGUUCCAGUACGAACUACGACCAGAUAAAACCACCGCUUACCUUCAAGGAAAUAUUUUAUUUUCACUCACCAAACGCUUAAAGGUGAUCAAAGUUUUCAACCAGAACAAUCUCAUACGGUCUUAUAAAUAUACAUAUCAUCCGACCGGUUAUGGCGGAUCGAAACAGUCUGUUCUUACCGCGUUGCACAUGUGCGAUAGCCAAGACAAAUGUUUGAAGCCUCUAUCGUUCAAUUAUGGCAAUACCUUGAACCUUGACUAUACCUUUGAAAGGAGUACCCAUAAACUGUACAAAUACGGCAAAAAUUACGGUUGGGAAACAAGCAAACAUCCCCGUUUCAUUCGAGACAUGGACGGCGACGGGUUUGCUGACAUAGUUGGGUUUCCAAACUACGGGGUCUUCGUCUCACUGAACGAUGGCAAUGGAGGCUUUAAAACUCCUACGUAUUGGUCACAAGAGUUCGGUUACACCUCCGGUUGGAGGGUAGAGAACCACCCAAGACAUCUGGCGGAUGUUGAUGGUGACGGUUUGCUAGAUGUAGUUGGUUUUGCAAACGGUGGUGUAUAUGUGUCAUUUAACACUGGCACAGGACUUAAAAGUUCUAGACACAUGACAAGUGCCUUUGGGUAUUCAAGGGGCUGGAGGGUUUCUAACCACCCAAGAUUUGUCAUGGACAUCAACAAUGAUGGGCGAGCGGACAUUGUCGGAUUUGCCAACGAUGGGGUCUACGUUUCAUUGAGCCAAGGAAAUAAUUUUGAUAGUCCAAAGCUUUGGUCAAAUCAGUUUGGUUACACCGCAGGAGGCUGGAGAGUUGAAAAUCACCCACGAUUUCUUCGAGAUGUGAAUGGAGACAAGCUUCUAGAUGUUGUCGGCUUUGCAGCCGAUGGAGUUUACGUUGCACUUAAUCUAGGAUCAUCCUUUGGUCCGGCACAGAAAUGGAUAGGACAGUAUGGGUACACAGCAGGCGGAUGGAGAACCCAGCAACAUCCACGCUUUGUCGAAGACAUCAAUGGAGACGGGUUGGCUGAUAUCAUCGGUAUGGCUAGCGAUGGCGUUUACGUUUCCUUCAGCACUGGAAAGUAUUUUACAACCUCUCGCAAAUGGAUUGCCGAUUACGGCGUGUCCGCCGGAGGUUGGUCAGUAACCGAUCACCCUCGAUUUCUAAGAGAUGUUACAGGGGACGGUCUUCUGGACAUCGUAGGGUUCGCCAGCAAUGGGAUAUAUGUAUCUGAGAACACAGGCGCCAGUUUUGCUCAGAAAAGACUUUGGAUAUCGGCUUAUGGAAAAACUGCCGGUGGUUGGACAACUGCAGACCACCCGAGACGAGUCGUAGAUAUAAACGGGGACGGUCUUCCAGAUAUAGUUGGUUUUGCCAACCAUGGCGUUUAUACGUCCGUAAAUAAAAAUAUGCUCCCCGCUGUGCACGGUAUUCAAGACUCUUUGAACAACAAAAUAAAGAUAGAAUAUUCUCCACUAGGGAAGGCUUUAAUGGAGGGGGCCUAUAAGAGAGACAAUGAUGCCGUCUAUCCCCAACAAGACGUUGUCUUGUCCCGCCAUAUAGUGAGAAGAGUUCUCAGGGAUGAUGGAAUUGGUGGAGAGGCCAAGAACGUCACGACGUACAAAUAUGGCGGCUACAAAGUUGACCUCAGUGGAAGAGGCAGCCUUGGCUACCGCUGGAUAGAAGAAACAAAUACCAACAGCAAGAUACAGUAUAACGAAUAUGAACAAUCCUUCCCUCUCACUGGCAUGCUGAAAUCUUCCCGUUUAGAUAUAGCUGUUAGCAGCGGUGACGUACGGAAAGUGAAGUUAGCAACGUAUUCAAAUAAUGUCACCAUAUUGUCCUCUGGUUCCCCUGCAAGACUGGGCGUCUUCCCCUGGACGCAGAUCACAGAAAACUGGGACUUAAACUUGAAGUUGGUAUCAACGGACGCAACGAGAUACGAGAAUGCAGAUGCUUUUGGUAACAUCCGUUCAAUAUUAAGAACAAUAUCUGGAGACGGAGAUGUUUUCGAACAAAAGACAGAAAAUGCCUACAAUAAUAAUGCGGCACAUUGGUUUAUUGGUCAGUUGACGGAGUCCUCCGUCACCCACUCAACACCAAGUUACUGUGACAUGACCAGAAGGACGAAAUUCGAGUAUGACCAAAACAGAGGACAGCUUAUCAGAAUAAGAAGGGAACCUGACCAUGCAUUAGAGCUUAUGACUGAGUAUACAUAUGAUAAAUAUGGCAACCAGAUUGCGCAGUCUGAGACCGCCGCCGAGUCCCCGCAACAGAAAAGGACAACGAGGAAGAUGUACCAGAGCACUGGUAUCUUCCCUGUUGCCACAAUCAAUGCUAUGGGCCACAAUGAAACCUAUGUGUACGAUGCUUUUGGUAAUCUGGAACGACUGGUUGGUGCAAACGGUCUCAUCACCAGCUGGGAAUAUGACUCACUUGGAAGAAAAGUACGUGAAAACCGUGCUGAUGGCACAUCUACGACCUGGCAGUAUUUGUGGGCGUCAUCUCCCGUGAACGCAGCCUAUAAAGUUACCAAACAAGUCAGCGGCCAUGCUCCUGAAACCAAAAUAUUCGAUGCCUUUGACAGAGAAAUCCGCAAGGAGAGUCAAGGUUUUAACGGUACCAUGAUUUAUGACGCUGUAGAGUAUGCCUCCGAUGGAAACUUGCACAGGGAAUCUUUUCCUUACUUCUCUGUUUCUUCCCCAAAGUGGUCAGUAUAUAAGUAUGAUCUGUUAGACAGGGUUAUCGAAAAGGAAGAGCCAGCGGGUGAUAAGACAGCAAUAACGCGGUAUGAAUAUGAUGCUCUUGUAACUAAAACCAUAGAUCCUCUGGGACAUGCAUCGAGUAAGAAAACCGAUAUCUUGGGCCGGGUUGUACAAGUGACUGACAACUUAGGAGGGAUGGUCAAGCACCGCUACGAUCCUCUGGACAGAUUAGUGCAGACCGUAGACCCCAAUAACUAUUCCAUCGAAAUGGGUUACGACAUUUUAGGCUACAAAACAUCCAUGUCCGACCCAAAUAUGGGCUCCUGGGAAUACCGCCACAAUGCAUUUGGAGAACUGAUCUGGCAGAAGGAUGCUAACGGCAAUGUCCUACAAGAGGAGUACGAUUUACUGGGAAGACUGGUUAAGAGGACCGAGCCAGAGGGCGUGACGACAUGGUCCUAUGACACAAAGGAGAAAGGAAUCGGGAAGCCAGGCCAAAUUAACGGACCGGAAGGAUUUCACCAGGAAUGGGAUUACGACGGGCAUGGUAGGGAAGUUUCCGUGUCGACAGUUUUGAAUGGAACAACGCUAACAAUACGUACCACAUACGAUGCAGCCAGCCGUGUCAAUAGCCAGACAUAUCCAAACGGAGCCAAGGUUUACCGUUGCUAUAAUUCAGUUGGCUUGCUUUCGAAGGUUAAGGAGGCUUCUUGCUCUUCAGCUGAUACCACUGGGAUGAUAUGGAAGGCUGUAAACUAUGAUGCCGCCGGUAGAAUACUGGAUGAAAUUCAUGGAAAUGGCGUACAGACAAAGUAUUCAUAUGACUCUGGAAACCGUUUGACAGAAAUCCUUUCACGAAACAGACAAGCGCAGAAGAUAAGACACAGCCAGUAUGUAUUUGAUGAGAAUGAUAAUUUAGUCAGCAGAAGUGACUUAUCCCAAGGCACUACAAAAUCUGAGACAUUUUUGUACGACUCCCUUGAUCGUCUUACUCGAUCUUCUGUUCGUGAUCCUGGCAACAGCUAUGGCUUCUCCCAAAACUGGCAGUACGACGAAUCGGGAAAUAUACUUUCUAAUGACGAGUUGGGACUUAACCACUUUCAGUAUGACCCCUCAAGGUCGAACGCUGUCAUCAGGGCGGGAAACCACACCUAUCAAUACGAUCAAAACGGCAACGUUAUCAGGAAGGACGGGAUUCACAUCCGGUGGACUUCGUACAACAAACCAACUUCUUUUAACACAGCCUCUGGCCACGUUGUGUUUAAAUAUGGUCCAGACAGAAGCAGAUACCUCAAGAUCAACCACGCCGGUGAUAGAGUUGUCUAUUUUGGAAAGCUUUACGAGCACCAUACCGAUUCGAAAGGCAGCAAGGCUGAUGUUUUCGUUUACGGCCCAAUGGGGAGAUUAUUGGCCAUAAAGUCCACGAAGAAAUUUAAAACUGGGGAAACCAACACCACCUCCUUUGUUCACAGUGACUAUAUGGGCUCCAUAGAUACAUUGACGAGUCCUUCCGGGUCGGUGUUAGAGCGUCUCAGCUACAACGCUUUUGGGAAACGGCGAGCGGGAGACUGGAGACAACGUCAGUCGGUGCGUCCUGCCACUACCCAGCGAGGAUACACGGGUCACGAGCACGUUGACGAACUGGGACUUAUUCACAUGAACGGGCGUGUCUAUGACCCAGAUGUUGGGCGUUUCUUAAGCCCUGACCCUCAUAUUCAGGACCCUUACGACACCCAGUCCUUCAACAGGUACACAUACGCGCGCAACAACCCCCUCAAGUACAAGGAUCCAAGUGGUUUCUUUUUCAAAAAGAUCUUUAGAUCAGUUAAAAAGUUUGUUAAGAAGUACUGGCGUCCCAUAGUAGCAGUUGCUGUAUCCGCCUUAACAUUUGGUGCUGCGACGCCGUACGCUGCUGCCUUUAUUGCGGCUAAUACAGCGUUGACCGGGACCGCAGCCGCCGUGGCCAGUGGUGUUCUCGCGGGAGCGGCAUCUGGCUUCGUAGGAGGAGUGGUAAGCACGGGGAACGUAAAAGGCGGCCUGCAAGGAGUGGUCGGGGGCGCAAUAUUUGGAGGCGUGGGCGGCUACUUCGGGAGCACUUGGAACAUACAAAGGGUGGCAAGUCAGGCGGUCGCCGGUGGAACCGUGAGUGAGUUAACCAGUGGUAAAUUCGUGGACGGUUUUGUUAUGGCAGGCGUAACCGCGACUUCGAGAUAUCUCUACAACAAGUGGGUUUCGUAUGAUGUGACUUGGAAGAAAGGAUCUCCAUCUCGUUAUAAGUGUGCAAGCUGCAUGCCUGUUAAAGGGAUGAACAACAUCGGCACUCAGGGCGAGAAACCGGACACUUCAUGGUUUAAGGGGUGGAAGCCGAACUUUCAAGAGGGCGGCGGACUCAGUCGGGCCCUUAACAGGGUACCGGGUAUCAACGCUGUCUCUGGACUACAUGACGUGUUCCAGGUUAAACUGGACCGCGUUCCGUUCUCCGUGGGAGGCGUGGGUGCACGUGACAUUUUCAACGUUCCCGGCAUGCCCGUUGCUGCUGUCAUUACGUACGCAGGGUUACUGGACGGUCCACAGUCGGCCGCUUUGAUAAUUGACGAGAGCAAGAAGAAGAAGGAAGGUGGAUAAAUGAAUGACCUUUUUUGUUUGUUAUAGACACCUAUGGACGAGGAAUACGAUUAUGAACAAUACAAGUCAUUAUUCAGAGGCGCUGUUGUGUUAUUAACCGGGAUUUCGUGUUUUAUCAUCAGUUAAUAAAUCUGAUUUCAAUGGUGCUGUUAUACACUGUCAGUGCGCCUUUCGAUUAGAUUAGUAUUUUUACACCUGUGGUGAAUCUGAAUGUGGACAUAUCUAUAAAAAUCUAGAUAUAUUUUCAAAAACACGGAGGCGGACUUACAUUGUAAUGUUAGCCUAAGCUAGUUUUGUCCUGAAACAUAAAGAAACAUUAUCGGCUGAAACAAUUCAUUGUCCAGAAAGCCAAACCGUGACAACAUUCGGGAUUUUUUCCCUUUGUCACCACCUGCUUAUUCUGCCCUUAACGGCGUAGUUACAUAUGCACCUUUGAAGUUAAUAAAUGUAAUAAAAAUAAAGCAUA